CUUUCAGAUUCGGCACUUCCUUUUGCUUAUCUUGCCUCACAGAAUUUGGAGUUUGUCCUCAUACCCUAGUUUAGUGCCUCAUUCUCCUGUUUGCAAUGGAUAGACAAGUAAUAUAUGCAGAUUUAAACUUAUCUAGGGAGUUGGCCCUUGGAAGUUCAUCACGCCCAUCUCUUCCUGGGGGUGUCUGCCAGUGUCCACGUUGGCAUCAAUUUGCUCUGAAACUGGGCUGUGCUGGGAUUAUUCUCCUUGCCUUGACUGUGAUAGGGUUGAGUGUUUCAGUGAUAUUCUUAAGACAAAAAUCAAUAGAAAAAGCCACUGUGGAGGCUGAAGAGUACAGGAAUGAAACAUCUGAGAGACCAGGUCCAUUAAAGUGCCCAAUAAAUUGGCAUCAAUUCCGAGAGAAAUGCUUGUUAUUUUCUCAAACUUUCAACCCCUGGAACGAUAGCCUGUCAGAUUGUUACACAAAGGAGUCCAGUUUGCUGCUUAUUCAAGAUCAGGAAGAACUGAAAUUCAUACAGAGCCUGAUAAAUACUGGAGGAAUUAUAUUUUGGAUUGGAUUAAAUUUUUCAUUAUCAGAAAGGAACUGGAAGUGGAUAAAUGGCUCUUCUUUAAAUUCUGAUAUAUUGCAAAUUACUGGUGAUGCUAAGGGAAACAGCUGUGUUUACAUUUCAAACACAAAUAUUCUUUCUGAGAAUUGUGAUGCGGAUAAUAAAUGGAUCUGCCAAAAAGAACUAAAAACUGUCACCAAUAAAAUGUGUCCUGAUAUUUGACUAUUAA